AAAUUCUGUCCGUGUCAAAAAAUAUUCGAGACGAGUGAAAUUGAAUCAUCUGUUAUAAGAUUUUCAUUUUUCAAUUGAAUAUCAAUAAGUGAAUUUUUCUUCAAAGUAGGAAUCAAGGAGUAUGCCGCUUGGAACUUUCGGAAAAAUAACACUGUCGUGGUUAGUAGUGACCGUCGGAAGUUUAUCUCUGUUUGUGGCGGCCAAAAAUAACAUAGAUGCUCACCGCAUUGAGAAUAUGAAAGCUCGUGAACGCAUGCGCAAGGCAAAUCAGGGAGAAUAUCCUGAUUCUUAUAGGAAGUUGUGA